GGGCUUCCGCUAUUUUUUUUAGUUUCUUAAUCCUUUUUUUUUGUUAAUUUACUGAACAAACACUAUGGUUCGAUUAGCGAUACUCGGUGGGAACAGCAGGCCUGACGGUUCUAUUUGUUUUCGUAGGUGUAUUCUUCUCUCCACAAGAACAUAGUAAAGAUGUGCGGCAGGGCUCGCUGUACUCUGAGACCAGAAGAUGUCCGCAGGGCUUGUCACCGCCAUGGCUUUCCUGCCUCUUUUCUUCAUCUCGAAUGUUACCGUCCUUCUUACAACGUUGCGCCGGGAUCUUAUAUGCCGGUUCUACGGAGAGACAAUGAUGGUGUUGCUGUUCACUGUAUGAAGUGGGGAUUAGUCCCUGGUUUCACUAAGAAAACUGAUAAGCCUGAUUUCUUCAAAAUGUUUAAUGCUCGGUCUGAAUCGGUUGCUGAGAAAGCAUCUUUUCGUCGAUUGCUUCCAAAGAAUAGGUGCCUUGUUGCAGUUGAUGGGUUCUAUGAGUGGAAAAAGGAAGGCUCAAAAAAGCAACCCUACUACAUCCAUUUUAAGGAUGAGAGGCCUUUGGUCUUUGCUGCUCUUUUUGAUUCUUGGCAGAACUCAGGAGGUGAGACACUUUAUACCUUCACCAUUUUGACAACCGCUUCCUCGUCAGCCUUGGAUUGGCUCCAUGACAGAAUGCCAGUAAUUUUGGGUGACAAGGAUUCAGUUGAUACAUGGUUAGAUGAUCCCUCAACGUCGAAACUGCAGCCAUUACUUGCACCAUAUGAGAAAUCGGAUUUGGUAUGGUAUCCAGUAACCUCUGCAAUUGGUAAACUAUCUUUUGAUGGACCAGAGUGUAUUCAACAGAUACCGUUAAAGGCCUCGCAGAACAGCUUGAUCUCCAAAUUUUUCUCAGCAAAGCAGCCAAAAACAGAAGAAAAAGACAAGGAAACCAGAUCCACUGAUGCAACCAUCCUAGCUGGUCCGAAAGAGGAACCUUUACUUGAAGGUUAUGAAGGGGUCGUAGUCUCGGAUAGCAAUGAUGAGAGUAAACAAGUGGAAGAGGAGAAUGAAGCCCAAAAGAUUGUGAAAGCGGAAGGAGAUAGGUCAGCAGGCAUUACAUCUGAUCGUGAAUCUGUAAAGAAGGAAAUUGAGGAGGGAGAAGGUGAAUCCGUAGAGACUGGUGGCGGCUUAGAAUUUACCGGGGGGGAGUCUUCAGUAAAGAGUGGGACAAAGAGAGGUUAUGAGUUAUUUUCAGGUCAAGAAAAUCCAUGGAAACAGUCUGUUGUGAGGAGGCUACAAGAUGUUGAUAAAAGCUCUGGGAAGAAGCAAGGAAAAGGAAAGUCUAACACCAAGAAAUCUAAAGAGAAGGAGACGCAGCAGUCUACAUUACAUUUCUUUUUCGAUGAGAAAUAGUUUGUUUGUGUACAUAAAUCAUCUACUAGGACGUGUUUGAGAACUAGCUAAUUUGGUUGUAGAUCAGAUCAUAAAGGAUAUGUAUCGUCGAUGCUUUGUU